AGUUCAGCGGUUUCCCUGGCAACAGCAUUACGUGAGCCAUUUACGACCCACCGUUUAUCGUGUGCUUUAACCGUUAUGGACGGAGGGGAUCGGAAUAUCCGGAGUUCUGCGGGGAACAUCGUCGAUAUGGAUGAAGAGGACUUUGCUAUUUACAGUUCUUCAGCUGCAGACAUGGCCUUUGAUGCAGUUAUUGGCUGCAUAGAGGAGAUCGUCAUGGAGGAUGAUUUCCAGCAGCUUCAGCAGAUUUUCAUGGAAAAAUAUUACCUUGAGUUUGAGGACUCAGAUGAGAACAAGCUCAGCUACACACCCAUCUUUAAUGAAUAUGUUGACUUGCUGGAGAAACACCUGGAACAGCAGCUGGUGGAGAGGAUUCCUGGCUUCAACAUGAGCUCAUUCAAAGAGUUACUCAUGGAGCACAAAGAGGAAGUCUCAGGUGACAUCUUUGACAUGCUGCUGACAUUCACUGACUUCAUGGCUUUCAAGGAGACGUUUCUGCAGUACAGAGCUACAAAGGAAGGCCGGGGUCUGGACCCGAGUCAGGUACUGGUGGUCACGCCUCUGAAUCUUGGAAGCUUCAAACAUGCCGACUCUGCUGAAUCUCAGUAACCCAGAUCAAACAAAACAAAACAAAAACUUGAAUUGCCUCCUCCUCCAAAUGCUGAAGCACAAUUGUAAAAUUGUGUUCAUGGGCUUUGACAAAAGUAUUAAAUUCAGAGGCACCUCACAUAAAUCUAUUGUCUGUACACAAAAGGCUCCUAAUAGCAAAUUUAUAUAUGCACUUCUUUGUGUUUGAUGUGGUGGAAACCAGUGUUAAUUUAGUUGACAAAAUAUUUCCGUCUACCUAAAAUGAUAAAAAUGAUGACGAAAUUAAUUGACACUUUUGUCAAUGAAUGAAAACGAGACAAAAAUGCUUGGUGGGGACGACAUUCAAUCAGAACUUAUUAGAUUUUGUGACAGGGCGGGACAAGUUAGGAAAACAUCCAAUCAAACACACAGUUGCACAAAUUUGCUCUAAACCUGGGAAGACCAAACUAGCCUGUGAUUGGUCGUUCCUUCCGAUAA